AUGAGCAACCAAUCUGCUGACAUGCCGCAACAAAAAGACUCGAGACGGGUACCAAAGCCUCUCAUGGAGAAAAGGAGGAGAGAUCGCAUUAAUCAAAGCCUGGAAACAUUGAGGACACUACUACUGGAGAACACACACAAUGAGAAACUCAUGAAUCCAAAAGUGGAAAAGGCUGAAAUCCUGGAAAGUGUUGUGCAUUUCCUAAGAGCUGAACAAGGAUCAGAGACUGACCCUCAUCAGAUCAACAGAGGAAAAAGGGGGCGCACAGAAGAGUCUGAUGAAGACAUGAGAUCACCUUGCAAACGUCAGAGCUACCGUAAUGGAAUGAGGACAUGUCUCCUACGAGUCAGCCAUUUCAUUGCAAGCAAGAGCCAUGAGUUUGAGCAGGGAGCAGAGGAAGCAUGUGAAAACCUUCAACACAAACCACUAGACCGCCCAACACUGUCAACAAUGUCUGCUACACCACUCCAAAGAGAAACUCAGAUGCAUCUCUAUGAUGAUUCAUCUCUAUUAGCACAACAACAACUCACUCAUGUCCAAUUGGGCAAUUCCUGCCCACCGUCCAUCUGUUCAAAACUUGCAAAAAUAACUGUUCUGUCUGUCCCCACUAUGACUUCAAGUUCUAAACAACCUGUAAUGCUAUGUGACCCUGUCUGGAGACCUUGGCCACAAUAG